AUGUCAUCUGUUCAACCUGGUCACUCAAACGAAUCUCACACCACUGCCGAUGGAUCUCCAGACAUGAGAUUCAAGGAGAAUGGAGGUGGAUCUCACGGCAACCAAGGCGUAGGAUUCAUAGAGGAAGGAGAUGGAACAUCUAGAUUAGUCACUGAAGGUACCGGAGAAGAUACUGGAACUUACAAACCUAGCGCUCAUGGUGGUGAGAAGAAAGACGGUGGACAAGAUAAACGUGUCAGUUCCGAUCACGGAUUCGGAGGUGAUCACGAGAGAGCUGUCGAGGCUGGACAAAAAGGUGGUUCUGCCAGUUACGAAAAUGACGGUUUGACCCAGUAA